AUGCAAGAUGACAAGCAGCAAAAGGAAAGCAGCGACGAUGUUCAGAAGAAAUAUAUCUGCUUGAUAGAGGAGCUUCAUGAGCUAAGAGAAGGCGCUGUUGAUGACGAUGUAAGAUUGGAGAAUGUAGUAAGUAGAUCGAAUGUGUUGUUUAAAAGGAUAAAAACAUGUUCAGAGCUUAAACUGGAUGCAAAGAUAACUGCUAUGUCAAUUGGAUUAACAUGCAAAGGAAUAGAGAAGAAGAUGGAGCCUGAAGAAAUAAGUUCAAAAAUGCUUGUUGAAGUGAUGUGCAGCAACCUGGUAGAUAGAAUGUGUGAAGCAGCAGUGGGAUGCUAUGUUGGAAUGAGUUUUGCAGAUAACCUUGUACUUAGCAGAAGUGGGGUAGUGAAGGAACGAAGUAGAAUACAGCAAUCAAGAAGACGAGACUUGAAUGUGGAUAGAGAUGCGAUGAGGCCGAUUGAGAAAGAUGUUCAAAGCGAAGAAGAACCUGAAAUGCUGUGUAAGAUCAGUAGAAUGAUUGCAGAUAAAAGGAAAAUUGACUAUUUUGAGCUUGUUGUAGAUCCUGAGUCUUUUUCAAAAACAGUGGAGAAUAUACUAUAUUUUUCACUUGCAAUGAGAUCUGGAAGAGUGUGUUUGAAAAGUCAGGAUAACAAACUACUUGCCUGUGAAUCAAGCAAUGAUCAAGAUGAGAUGAUUCAUCUAGUUAUUGAAAUGACCUAUGAAGAGUAUUUGAAGAUAUCAGCAAGUAUGAAGGAGAAAGAAGCAGAUGAAGAUUGUAGAUAA